GUAGAUCAAACCAUUGACCACUAGUUCGGCUGGAAGCAUUUCGAUCCAAAAUCAGAAUCUCCUCAAGCACGAUUGUUUCUCUGUUUCUGUGUAAUUCUCUGAAACUAUCGUUUUCUUCAAUUUCAGAGAAGAGAAGCGAGGGAAUGGAUGCCAUAGACUCGGUGUUCGAUCCGCUCAGAGAGUUUGCGAAAGACAGCGUUCGCCUCGUCAAGAGGUGCCACAAGCCCGACCGCAAAGAAUUUACGAAGGUGGCGUUCCGUACUCCUAUUGGGUUCGUGGUGAUGGGAUUUGUCGGGUUCUUCGUGAAGCUGAUGUUCAUCCCUAUCAACAACAUCAUCGUUGGAUCUGGCUAGGAAAAAAGGGUGCUGAAGUUGGAUGUUGGCUUAGAUCUAUCUGAUCAACCCUCAGUUCUACAGAAAAGGAUACUAUAAACUCUCGGAGACCAUUCAUUUUCCCUGGUUUCAUAAUGAGGUACCAAAGCAUGUGAAACUUCCUUGAGUGCAAUAAGAAGAAUUUGGCAGUCGACCAUAGCUAUACUCUGCUAUAGAAUUUAAACGUGCCCCCAAAGCAGCUAAUUAGGUAUGUUACACAAUGAGGAUAGGUGAGUCCCUACCCUGGUAAAGGAUGUGAAUUGUAUUUCAUCAUUUUUGCUGGCUACUUUGAAUUUAGGUUCGUCACAUCACAUAAGUGUGAAAUGUCUUUCGCAAAAUUUAAAUCUUUAAAUUUUUUAAGAAAGAGGGUGCAUAAUUUUGUGUAAAGAGUAAACUAGUGGAGUGUGUUUGUGAACGGGUGACGUCUGGUUUAUGUUGGUAAAUUUAUGUGCUGUUAAUAACUUAAUAUUGUAUUCAGGUAUGGUAACUAGAAGAUAUUGCAGGUCAGACUGUAAUUGUUGGCAGCUCACUAGAAUCAGAAAAGAGAUGAGAGCUUGAAAACUCACUUUAGGAUUUUAAUUUACUGCGUACAGGCGCACAUUUUCUUGACAAUAUUUUGAUUUGUAUAGUAGCAGCUCAAUUGGAACUGUUGUCCGUGGUAUUUUGAUUUGCUUUCACAUGAUUUUAGCUUUGGCCUUAUAAUUGAAAAUAUAGGGAUAUGUUAACACAUUUUAUGAAGCGAUUAUUCUUUUAAGUGUUGGUCAAGCCAAUUUGGUUUUUCAGGAAUAUUUGGGAACAUGGAGUGUUUGGAAAUGGUCCUUGAAGUAUGAUAGUAACUAGCAAGUAGCAAUCGUGAAUCUUGCCUUGCUAACUUGUUCCAGGUUAUCUACAGUAAGAAAACUUGUUCCAGGAUACGAGGUGGAGAGGAUUGUGCUUUUUUGCGCGCUGACUCUAUCAGAAAAGAAAGGAACCGGCAAUCUUGGGCACAUGGAAGCCGUUGAUUUGGGCAUGAUUAACCCCGCUUUGCCGUUUAAAAACGAAGAUGCUGAUGAGGCAUGGUUAACCCCGUUGAUUUGGACGUAGCUGCUGUCAUUUCUUAGCUGCCGAAUUCAAAAUGAACAAAAUAAGUGGUAAAAUAAUUAAUUGACUGAUAGAUAUACAUAAAUAUAUAUGUAAAUAAAUAUGUUCAUUUCUGCGGUUGAUAUAAAUCUGGGUUUUAGAUUGGAGGCCCAAACAAGCCCUUUCUAGUUUAUACUUUCCGAUUAACCUAAUGGGCCUUUUCGCAAGAAGCUUUAGCUUGGCCCAGUAUGAUUUCCUUGCUUGCUUUGAGAAUUGAUAUGUUUACUUAUCAAGAACAUGUACUUCCUAUUA